AUGGCUUCCUCCUUUAUAAUCCCGUCAAAUCUCUGUUCCUCCAUCUUCUCCAGCCGGAUUCGAUUCCCGGCGAAUUUAAUUUCCGGUGGUAACAACAAUCUUCGCGCUGUGAAACGACGCCGUUCGAAAAUCGUCGCUAGAUCACUCGAUCUUCCGCUUCUUCCCUUCAGUAUGAGCGAGGUUCUUGUGCCAACAGAGAGUAAAAAGCUGCAUUUGUAUGAAGCAAGGUACUUGGCUUUACUUGAAGAGUCGAUGAAAAGAAAGAAGAAUAUGUUUGUUCAUUUCAUUUUGGAUCCUAUUUCCAUAAGUGAGAAAGCAACUGAAGCAUCUUUUGCUGCUAGGUAUGGCUGCUUGGUUCUCAUUGAAAACGUUGAGAGAUUAGAAAUCGGUGCGCUUGUGUCCAUAAGAGGCGCUGGCCGCGUGAAGAUUUCGAGGUUUUUAGGGGCAGAUCCAUAUUUGUCCGGUGAGGUCAGACCAAUACAAGAUCGUAUUAAUUAUGAGAGCAGCAAUGAAAUAACUUCAAAAAUCUCCAAGCUGAAGGAUUCUAUUAAGAAUCUCAACAGCUUGGAGAUCAAACUUAAGGCUCCAGAAGACUCGCCGCUACAAACUCGUCUCUUCAACUCGCUAAACUGGGCUGAAGAUGAGCCACCGGUAGAAUGUGACGAAUCAUUCUUUCCGUCCCUCCAAGAACGUCUAUCAUUUGCAGCAUUUCAACCCGUGUCCGGAUCAACGCAGUCGGAAUUGUCAAGGUUACAACAAGAGAAACUAAAGGCAAUGGAUAUGAAAGAUACAAUAGAGAGGUUAGAACUGUCAAUGGGACUCAUCAAAGAGAACAUUUCCUCUAUUGCAGCCAAACUCGCCAUCCAAUCCUUGGAUAUUCUAUAG